UACUCCUCUUCACAGCCACACACUGAUAGAAAGCAGGGGUGGGCUUUAUACAGCACGAAGAGGGAAGGCAGGAGAGUAACAAACUGGGAAAAUAAGAAGUCCUACCUGCAUGCCCACCUACCUCUGGCUGCUGCGCCCCCUUCAACUAGAUGAGGCUCUCACACAAAGACAAGCUUUAAGGGCCGACUCUCCUGGGAAGAAGAGAUUUUAAAGUUGGGUUUUUUUCAGUUUGCAGCAUCCAUACUCAGAAGAACAAAAAAGGAAUACAGUUUAUACGUCUGCCCACUUGUUGCAAUCUUCUCUGAGCAUUGUGUCAUCACUCAGUUACUUUGGAGACUUCUGGAUACAUCCUUCUUGAAUACUAAGUCUAAACUCAGAAAGGGAUGGCAUAUGGACAAAAGAUCCCGAGGUCGGCAAUAACCCAGGGUUUAUUCAGCCUGGCACUGGGCCUGUUGCUCUUUUCUCUCCUCCCCAACAUCGUAACGGCAGAUGAGUAUGACUACUACAGCUGGCAGUCAGACAACUUUCACAACGGCCGCUUCUACACCAAGCAACCUCAGUGUGUGGACAUACCCGCCGACCUGCGCCUCUGCCACAACGUGGGCUACAAGAAGAUGAGGUUGCCCAACCUCCUGGACCACGAGACCAUGCCAGAAGUCAAGCAGCAGGCAGGCAGCUGGGUGCCCCUCCUGGCCAAAAGAUGCCACCCUAACACCCAGGUCUUUCUGUGCUCGUUGUUCGCGCCGGUAUGUCUGGACAGACCUAUCUACCCCUGCCGCUCGUUGUGCGAGGCUGUCAGGGACAGCUGCGCUCCGGUGAUGGAGACCUAUGGCUUCCCCUGGCCAGAGAUGUUGUCCUGCGACAAAUUCCCCAUUGAUAAUGACCUCUGCAUCCCCAUGCAGUUUACCGAGAACCCCGCCACUCAGCCACCAGUGUCGAAGGUGUGCCCUCCGUGUGACAACGAGCUGAAAGCAGACAACAUCAUGGAGCAUUACUGUGCGAGUGACUUUGUCCUGAAGAUGAAAAUCAAGGAGGUGAAAAAGGAAAAGAGUGACCGAAAGCUAAUUGCAGCUCAGAAGAAAAAGAAGGUUUUGAAACAAGGUAUGCUGAAGAAGAAGGACCUGAAGAAGCUGACCCUCUACAUAAAGAACGGCGCAAACUGCCCAUGCUCCCAACUGGAGAACCUGGGUUCCAACUUCCUCAUCAUGGGCCGCAAAGUGGACCAGCAGCUGCUGCUCAUGUCCAUUCACAAGUGGGACAAGAAGAGCAAGGAGCUCAAGUUUGCCAUCAAGUACAUGAAAUCCCAUCAGUGCCCUUCCUACCACACCGUCUUCCAGUAACACUGCUCACCCCAGUUUUUACAGAAUUUACAGUUUUGCCUCUAUUUCACCUUGUUUAACAAUAAAUUGAAUCCUGUUUCUGUUACUUAAGAAAAAUACAGUCCUUAUUACUGCUAGCUGUAUAUGCAGAGAUGAGUAUGGUCCUCAAACAUUAAUCAGUUCAAAGACAAAUCAGGUUGUUAGGGGCUUAAUUUUUUUGAUUUAGCUGCAGCUCCUUCACACAACCUUGACUAAUCUUAAAGUAGCAAAAUAUUUUCAACUUAAAAACAUAAAUUGCUCAAAACUCUGGCAUCUCUUACUGUUGCUAAACUAGUAAACUGCAUCAUGUAGCAGCACUAUACAUUAAACAAUUAAUACAUAAAAUCAAGAUGAAAAGUGAAAAAUUUAGUUGUGAAUGUUGAAUGAAAUUUGAGGUGAAGGGAAGGUUUGUUUGUGUGUAAAAAAAAAAAAAAAGGACCAGAUAAAAAUGUUAAUGUAUACAUGGGCUGUGCAAUGUGAGAAUACACACAGCUCCUGGGGAAAAACUUCAAAGCAGAGAAAAAAUAUGAUUCACAUAACUGUAUGUAAUAAUCGUGUAAAAAGUAGGUUAUCAUGAAAAAUAGAGAAUUAGAAAACUGUUGUUAUUUUCUAUUGGUUUUUUAUCUCUAAUAGGAAAGAUAGCCGAUGGAACAAGAAAGGCAUAUGGACUGGAUGAUGUUUCUGCUGACCUUUUGCUGCAUCGUUUUGGUGCUAAAACAUGGAAACAUUAUGAGCUUUGUUUUCUGGCUUCUGAACUGUUCAAAGAAGAAAAAGAAGUAAGGUUCCAGCAAACAAGUGGAGAGUACAACAGAAAGAAACAGAGAGACAGAGACUCUUCACAGAAAAAACAUUGGAUGUUGGGUACAGAAGCUUCUGGCAUUCGCUAUUUUUCAUUUUCAACAUUUUAAUAUUUCUCUCUUUUGUACUUCAAUAUUAAAAAUUCACAUCAGUUUUACUGCUAAGGUAUGAAAGAAGAAAUCAUAAAUACAGACAUAGCAUUUAAGUACACUUGCUGUAGCAAUGAAAGAGAAAACUUGUAUGUCACCAAUAAUGUCUAAGCUAUUGAUCUGUAUGUAGUUCUUUUACUGAAAUAAAUACUGGUUUUCAAAAAAGUGAACAAAUCAAAUAUAUUUGACAUUUUUAGAAAGGGUACUCCCUGUGAUAGAUUUCUUUGACAUUUUUGAUGCACCACAAAGUACAUGCUUGAUUAAAAAUAAAUCUCACAUUAAAAUUUAGCUUUUCCUUUGAUUCCACAAGGCACAAAAUACUAUUUUGUUUUAACUGUGACAAGGGGAAAACUCAGUGGUGUAUACAUACUAUUUUUCAUAAUUGCACAGCUAGCCUUUCUUGCCUGGGUGGACUUGCGGGACCUUCUCAACACUUGUAUAGCAGCAAUCAUACGUCAAUCCUUACUCUUUCUAUCAAAGGUUUUUAAUGGAGUUUGGUCAAGUCACUUGACUGGCUAGUCAAGCCCAGUGAUACUAUGGUCACUUAAGCAGGUAUUAGUGCUGACUUUAGACUUUUUAAAACACAAUGAACCAACACCAGUGACUGACAUGGCUCCCUAAAUCAUCUCUAACUUUGGCAAACUCACACUUGACCUCAACCACUUUGGAUUUUGUGUCUCCCCACCAUUUCACCAGACUUUGAUGGCCAAAAAUGUACUUUAAUCUCAAAGGAAACAUGUGGACCAUGCAAUAAUUCAGUCCUUUAUCUCCUUGGCACAGGUAAGUGUCUUACCUGUGCCAAGGAGGUGUUGUUGUCUCUGGUUUAGAAGUGGCUUACACCACAAAUGCAACAGUUGUUGUGCAUGUUCUUGAAACGUUUGUGUGCAGUGGCUCUUGAAGCAUAGACUCCAGCUGCAUUCCAUACCUUGUGAAUCUCUCCCAAGCUCUUGAAUGAGAUUAGCUUUACAGGCAUGCCAAGGCCAUGGUUAUCCCUGUUGAUUGUGCGCCUUUUCUUACAGCACUUUUGUUUUUUCUGCCACUUCACUUUACAUUAUUAAUAUGCUUGGAUGCAGCACUAUGUGUCUUUAGGCAGGACCUUUUGUGGAUUACUGUUCUUGUGAAGGGUGUAACUGCCCGUCAAGUCAGCAGUUUUCCAGAUGAUUGUGUAAGGCAUAACAUAACAGUAACAUAACAUUGCUGUAUUUCUGUAUUUCAUGUUUAUUGGUCUUAUGUAAUAUUUUAAAUUACUGGGAAACUGACGUUUGCGUUUUUAUUAGCUGUAAACCCCUGACAACAAAAUCAAUAGAAAUAAAUGCUUGAAACACA